AAUAUCACACAAUUUUAACCUCUAUUUUCAUCCCUUUUUUCGCGGGAACUUUUUAUUCCUUACCCUUCCCCACUUUCUUUCUUUAGUAGUAGGAUUUUAGGUAUCAAAUUCAAAAAUUAUCUUCUUUUUAUUUUUUUCUAGUUUUUAAAAAAUAUUAAAAAAGAAGAAUGUCCAUAAGCUGAAGUAAGCUUUAUUGUCAGCAAAGCACCUACCAUUGGCAUGUAUUUAUUUGUUUUUUAGUUGAUACUAUUAAUUUUUUGUAUAUGAUCUUGGCGGCAUUUCUUUCUUUUUCAAAGUUUUAAUGGCUUGUUACGACAUAUGGGCUCAAUCUUUAGAUCAAAGCUUAUAUUCUGGACCAGUGUCUUGCUAUACACUUCCUUUGUCUUGUCAGCUGGAGCAUUCCCUUUUUUCUGGGUUGCUGCAAUUGAUAUAAAUUUAUCAAUAAUUUCUCUGGUAUGGUCAGCCAAUAAAAAAGAAAUACUGUAGUACUAUUGGCCGUCAACAAGAUGAUUUUUGAGAAGGAAAAAGGUUCAGAAAAGAGAAAUGUGCUAGUUGGAAUUCGAUUUGACGGCCAUAUUAGAGAGUUGUUGAAUUGGGCUAUUGUAAAAGUUGCAAAUCCUGGAGAUAGGGUUGUUGCUCUACAUGUUUGUCGAAAUGCCGAUUCAAUUGCAAAAGAUAAAUCUUUGUUGGACACUUAUUUGGAUGAUUAUGAUGGCUUAUGUAAUAAAAAGCAGGUGGAUAUUAUUUCUCUGGUGUUAAAAGGAAGUUCAAUUAGAAGAGUUUUGGUAAGAGAAGCAAAGAACCAUGCUGCAGUUGCUGUAGUUGUAGGAACUAGCAAACAUAGUACUCUUGGGAGCUGGACCUCAAUUUCUAAAUAUUGCGCAAAGCGGCUUCCUAUCACUACUGAGAUUAUGGCUGUUGACAAUGGGAAGGUUUUCUUUAGAAGAAGCUCUAGUUCUCAACUCAAAGGUUCUUUUAGUGAUCCAAAACCGAGUCUUCAAUCAGAAAGAAGUUCUACUCUAAGGGAUUGCCUAUCUGAAUUUGGUGAAUCUGAGGUGCCUGAAAUGGGAAGAUUCAGUUAUGAAGUGAGUAAUACUGAGAAUCCUAAAGAGGAAACUGUGAGUUCUUUAGCGGAACACAAGAAAAAUUCUCUUUCACUAGGUUCAAUUUCUCUUCCUACCGAAGAUUUUGCUACUGAUACUCCUGGUUGGCCCCUUUUACAAACCACGAGUUCAUUGAAUCAACCGGCUAAAAUAGUAAGAAAAAUGUCGGUGGUGCAAUGGGUGAUGACCUUGCCAAAUCGAUCUAUGUUAGAUAGUCCUAAAUCCGAUUGUUCUCCAAAGGAGAUGCGAAAUGCCUUUGGGAUGGAAAAAAGCUACUUCACGGAUUGUAAUGAGAAGGAAAGUGCAUCAGUUUGUAACCAGCUGAUAAAAGAUUUGCAGCUUAUACUUGAGGCAAAUUCAUCCGGCAUCAAAUGGUUUAGCUAUGAUGUUUUAAAAUCAUCGACUUCCAACUUCUCCUCAGAGAAAAUGAUCGGGAAAGGAGGGCGCAACAGUGUAUAUAAAGCUCAACUUUCUGAUGGAAAAUCAGUGGCAGUAAAGAUUUCCACUUCAUCAGAGGAAGCGCGAAAAGAUUUCAGGCAGGAAAUGGACAUUAUGACAAGAGUUAAACACAAGAAUAUUGCUAAUUUACUUGGAAUUUGCAUAGAGGAUUCCCAUCUGAUAUCUGUUUACAAUUUUCUUUCACAAGGGAAUUUAGAAGAAAAUAUACAUGCAGGAAGAAGCAAAUCAGUUUUGCAAUGGGAAACAAGAUUCAGAAUAGCCGUUGGAAUUGCGGAAGCCUUAAAUUACCUACACAAUGAAUGUCCAAGGCCUGUUAUUCACAGAGAUGUCAAGUCAUCAAACAUCCUUCUCAGUGAUGAUUUUGAACCUCAGCUAUCAGAUUUUGGGUUAGCGAUAUGGGGACCCACAAAAGCAUCCUACUUGACUCAUAGUGAUGUGGUGGGAACCUUUGGUUAUCUAGCGCCGGAGUAUUUUAUGUAUGGGAAAGUAAGUGAUAAGAUUGAUGUCUACUCCUUUGGUGUUGUUCUGUUGGAACUAUUAUCAGGGAGAAAAGCUAUUGGCUUUGAGACUCCAAGUGGUCAAGAAAGUUUGGUCAUGUGGGCGAAACCCAAGUUAGAAAGUGAGGAUAUUAAAGCAAUUCUGGAUGAGAACUUGGAUGUGAAUAUAGAAGAUGAUAAAGUCCAAAGAAUGAUUCUUGCAGCAAAACUCUGUCUUACACAAGCAGCAAGGCUACGUCCUAACAUAAACCAGAUCCUGAAGAUGUUGAAGGGGGAGAAAGAUGGAAAUAAAGAAGCUAAUGGUGGAAGUGGUGAGGAUCAUAACAAUUUAGAAGAAUAUAAUGAUGAUGAAGUAUAUCCAGAUUCAAGUGCAGAGUCUCAUUUAAGUCUUGCAUUACUUGAUGUGAAUGAUAAUUCCACAUCUUUCAGCAGCAGUACUCAGGACCAAAGCAGCCCUCUUUCUUCCGUAGAUGAAUACUUGAGAAAAACAUGGAGCAGAUCCUCAAGCUCAGAAUAUUAGUAGCUUUUACUACAAACUUUUUGCAAAUCUGUCAUUGUGUACAGUUGGAAGAAGAAAAAAUGCACCCAUUGUUGAGGUGAUUAGAUUUAAUAGGAACAAGAACUUUGUGAUAAUAGCAAGAAAGUUGUCAACCCCACAGAUCUUUUGCAAUUCUGUGGAUCGAACUGUUGUAAUAAAGUUCAUUAUCUUUUUCUUUUGCUGCU